AUGGAUUAUUAUAACGGAUCAACAAUAUUCGUGACUGGUGCCACUGGUUUUGUGGGUAAAACUUUAUUGGAGAAGCUUUUAUGGAGUUUCGCUCAAAUCAAAUGCAUUUACAUUUUAAUACGUGAGAAGAAUGGUAAAACAGCCGAACAACGCUUCCACGAUUUUCGUGCGCAUAAAAUAUUCGGACGACUGCGCCUACAACAGCCGAAUAAUUUAAGUAAAUUAAAAUUUUUGGCGGGAAAUAUUGAAAAAGAAAAUUUAGGUCUAAGUCAGGCUGAUAAGACGCGUUUAUGCCAAGAAGUAAACAUCAUUUUUCAUAGUGCGGCCACGGUUCGAUUUAAUGAACGUUUGAAAGUGGCAGCUCAAGUGAAUGCGAUAGCAACAUGGAACUUAUUAGAAUUCUGCAAACAAAUGCCUUUACUAAAAAGUUUUGUGUAUGUGUCCACGGCUUAUUGCAAUCCGGGGCGCAAAUAUGUCGACGAAGAAAUAUAUCCCACCUUACCUCCUGUGAAUUGGAAAUAUUUCAUUGAUUGCACUUUAAAAAUACCGGAUACUUACUUUAAUAGUUUGGCUAAUUAUAUAAAGGGUCCCCAUCCGAAUACUUAUACUUUUACCAAAUCGAUAGCUGAACAAAUCGUUAACGAUUACAAGCAUUUUCUACCAAUUGUUAUAGUCCGACCUUCUAUAGUUACAGCUGCUCAUCGGGAACCGUAUCCCGGUUGGAUUGAUAAUAUUCAAGGCAUUACUGGCAUAAUGAUGGAAAUUGGCAAAGGCAGCAUAAGUAGUAUAUUGGGUGAUAAAAAUAUUAUAUGUGACAUAAUACCGGUCGAUUAUGUGGUAACUUCUCUAAUUAUGACCGCUCAAAGAGCUGUAAAAGGAAGAGUCUUCAUUUGCAAUUCUACUUCCGGUGUCACAAAUCCGAUUACUUGGCAUCGUUUGGGUUGUCUAACUCUCAAAUGGUCUCGUAUUUAUCCAACUCAAAAAUUAUAUAUGUAUCCUUAUUUUAAAUAUCGCAAAAGUCAUUUCUGGCAUGACUUGGCUGUCUAUUUAUUGCAUUAUUUACCCGCCAUAAUUAUGGACCUAAUGUCGUUGUUUAAUAGAAAGCAACGUAAACUCGUUUUACCCAUAGCAAUGAAAUUUCGUCAAGCUUGCUUAGCCGGCAAAUGUUUUUCCCUAAAUGAAUGGAUUUUUAUGAGUGACAGUUCUUAUUACUAUGAGAAAAUGUUAAAUGAUGGAGCUUUCCCUUGCUUGGAAUGGGCUUUAAAUACAUUGAAUUAUGAUACUUACAUAAGGCAAUUCGUUCUCGGUAUACAAAUGUAUUUACAUCAUGAACAAUUUUCUGAAAAUUCCAGAUGGAAAAUUACGAAGUUGUAUUGGAUAUGGAUUUUCUUGCACGUUUUCUUUACGCUAACAUUCAUUUACCUUUUAUUUUAA